AUAAAGGGCCGCAGCGGUGGCGAGGGCGUCGAUUCUGCGCUCACCCUUAGCGAAGGACGCAUCAGCAGGCAACCCGCGGCACACCACAGCGCUCACUCGCUCCACGACCUCUGCAGCUUCUUCGUCUCGCCACUCCAAUCAACUCACGCCUGAAAGACUAAAAUGGCCAGCUCGAGCUCAUCCCUGCGUCAUCUGCUGGUGGCCUGCGCCCUUCUGGCGGUGGUGGCCGUUUUGCUGAGCCCUACAGAGGCCCGCUACCUGCCCACCAGGGGCCAGGACGACCGCCUCGACAGACUGCGAGAGCUCCUCAAGGACUUGUUCGAGGGUGAUCUGGAAAGGAACGCGGCUGCCAAUGCAUACGAGAAGCGCUAUUUCUUCAAGCGGGAGAUCAGCCCUGAAACUGCUGAAGGCUCUAAGCACUUCGACGAGCCAAACACAAAGGAACGUCUCUUGAUGUCUCAUUAAACCCCAACAGCACUCCCCUAAUUAUAAAAAUUACACAAUGUCCAGUAACUACGAUUUCAAACUAAACAUUUGUCGUUGAGAAAUUUUCUGUUUGAUCGAGUAGAAGCUUUCAUUUUAUAAUUACUUAACAAUUAGCUUAUUCGUACUUAAUUGUGCUAUUAUUAGACUGAUUUCCAUUAAUACACCAGUUUGAAAUCGACGGCUGCUAGACGUGACUCCAAAGUUUACGACUUCUUCAAUUACUCUCAUUAAGAUAUCUCUAUAUCGACUAAACAUUCCAGGAGGAAAAAACAAUUAUCUUGAUAAAUGUACACAAAUGAAAUCUCGUGUCUAUUUUGACGGACCGGCGGCUGCAACUCUGAACCUCUAACCGCUCCCAUAUCAAAAGAAUCAUUCGACCUAUUGGAGAAAGAGUGGCUGGGUCAAGUUCCGAGUUGCGGCGCCUCUGUUAUUUUUUGAAACGUGUCUUUUCGUCCGACCGACCUUAUCUCUCUGUCUUUCUCUCUUUCCAUUUUCGUCGUGAUGUAAUUGCUGUGUGUAAAACCGGGUAGUAGUGCUGCAUCAACAAUAAGCGCGCAAUUACUCUAUUACAAUAAAUACAUAUAAUAUCUGUUGCCCACAUCUGGUUUGUCCGAGUCAGUUAAUGAAUAAAGACAUUGCGUUACACUGUAUAUAGCACCUUCA